CUAACCACACGACAGACAGGCGCAGAAAAAACAACAUGGCGGACAAAAACAACCAUUUCGACGACUAUCGCGAACUUUCCCCUGAAAAACUACACAAUUUAGUACACUGUUUUGUCCAAAUCACGCUUUCUGAAGGCGAGAAAUUACAAGGCUGGGUAUACACUAUAGAUCCCGUUUCACAUACCAUUGUAAUUGCAAAAGACGACGACGAAAACGAUGCCGCAAGGCACGCUUCUGACACAAGGCCGAUUGUAUUUGUCAUGAGCAAGGCGGUAAAAGAUCUUCGUGUCGUGGAAACCACAAGAAAAGAACCGGAAUGGCUAAAAAACUUCGCCGUAAAAGAGCAACAGAAUUUCACAGACGAUGAGCUGCAAAAAAGAAAAGCAAAUCUCAUUGAAUGGUUGAAGAAAAAUCGCGUGCCAAUUCUUGAUAACUCUGCAGAAACGAAAAUCGUGAAAGUCCUUGGGGGUCUGGUAAUAGAGCCUCCUUAUGAUGUGGAUUCGUGUAAAGGGACAAAUGAAAUAGUUUUAGAGAGAAUUAGGAAAUUAAUUAGUUCAAUGCCUGACGGUUGAGUUAAAUAUAGCAGUGAGACUUUUGUAAAUUAAAAAUGUAAAAUCUCCAUGUUGAAAAAGAUUCGCUUAAUUUAUUAUAACAUUUCAACAAACUGGUAUUAUUAGCUCGCGGGUCACAACGUUUGAAUAUUUCAUUUUUUUAUACGUUUGACUGGAAUUUGCGAAAAUGUUCCACUGUAGCAGCAAAUUCCAGUUAUUCGAAAAACUAAUUUUCUAAACGUUUUAACUCGUUAUGUAUGUCCAUGGAUUGUAAUCCAUGGCAUGUCUAAACAACACAAUGGACCUUUCCCCUUAUAACUAAAAUUUUGAUCUGGAC